CACAUCGAAGCAAUCAGAGCGUAUUAACAAUGAUUCUAUGGAAGAUGUGCAAGCGCAUGUCUCAGUAUUCCCUUGUCAUCAGUAUAGUGACGUGCCAAGUGUCAGCACGAUGGCAAACUUGAUCCCACAGAUAGGUACAGUGCCGAAGCAAAUGGUUGAGAGGUACGCAGAAUAUCCCGCAACACACGAUCAACACUUUUACUAUACAUAUGAGCCGGCAUCACAUUCACAUGGGCACGUAUCCCCUUCAAAAUAUAUUUUUUACUUUUUUUUUAGUGGUGGCGGCGAGUAUAAGAAAAGCAACGCGGCAAUGUCAGCACUAACACUUCUAGCGUUUUUGUUUUUUUUACACAUCCUCCAACAAUGCCUGAAGGAUCACAUGACUGCAAUGAGCACCCCGCAAGUAAUGAUUAUGUCGACCGGAAAAGAGGGAGACGAAAAUAUUGGUAAAAUAACGCGUACAAAAACGGACAAAUCCGGAAUGAGAAAUACCGCACCGUCCAAGGCAUCCGAUAUCAUCGAUCGAGAUGAACAUUUAAUGAAAAUAACAACGUCGGACCACGAACCGCAAGGCAGCGCGCAGAAAUUUAAAAAUAGUUAUAAGUACAACGAUUAUGGGACCCCUGGGGUCGCUAAUGCCUUUGAUAAGAAAUAAUCGCGUUCUUUGGUGAAGGAUAAGGAAGUAAAACAAAAUGCAGUUACUUUAAGUUUAUUUAACGUACCAUUGUAAGAAUAUAAAGUAGAGCAUAACACGAAUGACUUGAAAAAGAAUCUCUUCUUAUAGAAAUA